AUGGGUCGUCACCUCAAGUUCCAUGAGCAAAAACUCUUGAAAAAAGUCGAUUUAUUAGAAUGGAAAAAGGAGAAUAAUUUACAUGAGAUUAAAGUACUUCGUCGGUAUCGGAUUCCGAAUCGUGAAGAAUAUCACAAGUACAAUCGAUUGGUUGGUCAUCUCUCCCGUAUCGUUUCACGACUGAAAAAACGACCAGCGACUGAUCCCUAUCGAGUCAAAACAACAAGUAUUUUGCUGGAGAAAUUGUAUCAUAUGGGACUUGUGCAGACGAAAAAAAGUCUAUUGAAAGCUGAAGAAGUGAAUGUGUCGGCUUUUUGUCGUCGUCGAUUGCCAGUUGUGAUGGUACGUGUGAAAAUGGCCGAGAGUCUUAAAGAAGCGACGACGUUUGUGGAACAGGGACAUGUUCGUGUUGGUCCAACAGUUGUGACGGAUCCAGCGUUCUUGGUGACACGACCAAUGGAAGAUUUUGUCACGUGGGUUGAUAGUUCCAAGAUUAAGAGGACGAUUAUGAAGUACAAUGAUAAAUUGGACGACUAUGACUUGCUCGGGAAUUAA